GGCAUCAUUGAACAAAAAGGAAAUAGAUUGACCUAGAUCUAUAUUGCCUCCCAGCUGGGAUAUUGGGUUGCAGCCAUGUCACCCACAAAUUCAGAUCAUAUUGUAAUGAAGAACAGCAAUAUUGACCAGAAGAUGUUUCUUUUGGAAAUCGUUGGAGGGGUAGUUUUUGUACUACUUGUUCUGAUGUGCUUCCUUGUACACUAUUGCAGGAAAAAGUGUAUGAAGCCCCGUCAAUUAUUUAAAAAACUACAGUUAUCCUCAACACUCAGAGGUGCUAAGAUGGAUCAAUCAACUUCUACGUCCAAUCUCAGUUUAGUAGUUUCCCGAUCUGAAUCAGAAUUGUCCUAUGGCAAUAGGUGCCCAGAAUCCUCUGGCCACGAGGAAGUAGUGAUAGUGGAUGUUCAUGUGAACAAAGGAUGUUCUGUAGAACAAGAAGAUCUGCAUACCCCUGUGCUCCAACAUAGCACCUCACAGGAAUUUAAUCCCAGAGAGGAAUUGCUUUUUGAUAAGGAAAAUGACAAAAGCUUCACGUCUUUAGAGAAUAUGGCAAUAUCUUUUAUAAAUGGAAGGAAGUCUGUAGAAAAGACAGAAGGGUAUGGAUCUCCAGACAAAGAAGAUUAUAAACACAGUCCAAUGUUAAGCCAGUCUUUAUUUGAGAAGCAAGAGCAAGCAAGGUCCCAAGUUGAAUUAUCUAGCCCACAUUCCCAACAACAGAUGCAGCCACAACACUUGGCUGCUCAAGCAAUAUCCCAGCAAGAAGCUGGAACAGGUGACUGGAAACCACAGCACGUUGUGAUGUCUGAAUCAGUAUCUAUUCCAUCAUCCCUCAGUGAUGAGCUUCUUACUAAGAAAGCUCUAACAGAGGUAGCUAGAAGAAAGCCUUUACCUCAUCCUCGAUCGUGGUUUGUUUCUUUGGAUGGGGAUUCCAAUGUUAUUGUUAGACAUUCCUACAUUGAUUUUCAAACAACUGAAAGCAAUGGAAUUAACAACAGCAGCCUGGAUUCUGGAGAUGACAUGAAUGAGCGAAAACAGCAAGUGCAGAUUUUUCAGCAGAAAGAUUUGGAUGAAGUGGGCCAAAGUGGCAGCGAAUGUGGAACUGCAGUUUGUGGCCCUGAAAAUAAUACUCCAAGAUGUGUGUUGGAGGGAGGGAGAAGCAGAAGAGGUGGCCAAUUGCCCAGCCUGCAGGAAGAAACAAAGAGAGGUAUAGAAAGUCUACCAAAGCCUUUACCAAGUGCAGAACGUAAUGGUAGUGACAUUGAUGAUGCUAAUCAUCAAAGGGAGGAUAAAAAGACUCCUUGGCAAAAGCUAGAAGAAAGACCAGUCUUGGCAUUCAAUCUGAAGUAACCUGAAGUAUGCUAGAUAUUUUUGCCAAGAGAAUAUAUAAUUUCCUUUUUUUUUUUUUUUUUAUUAACAGAAGAAAAAAAGAUGAAGUAAUCUUUUGGGUGAGUUGCAACUAAAAAGAUAGUCAAGAUAUUCAAGAUAAUUUUUGGGCAAACUAACCUAGUUGUUUUGCAAAGUCUGUAUGAAAAUGUGACUUUGAAUUCCAUAUAUUUGAUAUUAUCCAUCAAGGACAUUUGGAUAUUUUGACAUGUGGAAUGGCAGAUUAUAACCUCAGAUUUUCCUGAAAUGGGAUCUGUAUGAAACUUUAUUAUUAUUAUUUCUUAUUUCUUAAAUCAAAUGUAUCAUAAUGAUGUUAAAUAGAGUUCAACACUUGACAUCUACAGAUAUUAUUAUU